GAAAAUCGGCGGCUGCGUUCAGUUCUAGUGGAACCACCGUUUGGAGAGCACGCGAUCCCCGCCCCAAUUCUUAACUGAAUAUCCUCAAGAUGUCCCUAGUUCGUUUGAUCGGCGCUGAGGCCCGCCAUAUGGCGAAGAGGACCUACUCCUCGGCCGCUCCCACCACGAAGCUCUUCAUCGACGGCAAGUUCGUGGAGUCGAAGACAACGGAGUGGAUCGAUGUGCACGACCCGGCCACCAACAAGGUGGUGACCCGUGUGCCCAAGGCCACCCAAGCAGAGAUGCAGACAGCUCUUGAAUCCAACAAGAAGGCCUUCCGCUCGUGGAGUAACCAGUCAAUCCUGACCCGCCAGCAGGUGAUGUUCAAGCUGCAGGCGCUGAUCAAGGAGAACAUGGGCGAGCUGGCCAAGAACAUCACGAAGGAACAGGGCAAAACCUUGGCCGAUGCCGAGGGCGACGUACUCCGUGGUCUCCAGGUAGUGGAACACUGCUGCAGCAUCCCCUCCCUUCAAAUGGGAGAGACAGUGGCCAAUGUGGCCAAGGACAUGGAUACCUACUCACUGGUCCUGCCCCUCGGAGUGACCGCUGGCGUAGCUCCCUUUAAUUUCCCAGCCAUGAUCCCGCUCUGGAUGUUCCCUGUGGCCAUUACCACUGGCAACACCAUGCUGUUGAAGCCAUCGGAGCGUGUGCCUGGUGCUACCAUGCUGCUGAUGGAGCUCCUUAAUGAGGCCGGAUGCCCUCCGGGUGUUGUCAAUGUAAUCCAUGGCCAGCACGAUGCUGUUAACUUCAUCUGCGAUGCUCCCGAAAUUAAGGCAGUGUCCUUUGUGGGCUCUGACCAGGCUGGAAAGUACAUUUACGAGAGAGCUGGUAAAAAUGGCAAGCGGGUACAGUCCAACAUGGGUGCCAAGAACCACGGUAUCAUCCUGGGCGAUGCCAACAAGGAGAACACAUUGAACCAGCUGGCAGGAGCCGCCUUCGGAGCUGCUGGACAGCGGUGCAUGGCCUUGUCCACGGCUGUCUUUGUCGGCGAUGCUCAGUCAUGGAUUCCCGAUCUCGUAGUGCGCGCCCAGAAGCUGAAAGUGAAUGCUGGCCACGUGCCCGGAACAGAUGUGGGACCCGUGAUCAGUGCCGCCUCCCGUCAACGCAUCAAUGACCUGAUUGAGUCUGGAGUCAAGGAGGGAGCUAAGCUUAUUUUGGAUGGCAGGAAGAUCAGCGUUCCCGGCUAUGAGGAUGGAUACUUUGUUGGACCCACCAUCCUGAGCGACGUGACGCCCAGCAUGAAGUGCUACACCGAGGAAAUCUUUGGCCCCGUGCUUGUCAUCCUGAAGGCCGACACUUUGGACGAUGCCAUCGGUAUUGUUAAUGCCAAUCCCUAUGGCAAUGGUACCGCUGUCUUCACCACCAAUGGUGCAGCUGCCCGUAAAUUCGUCAACGAAAUCGAUGCCGGCCAGGUGGGCGUGAAUGUGCCCAUUCCCGUGCCUCUGCCCAUGUUCUCCUUCACCGGAACCCGUGGCUCUUUCCGCGGUGACCAUCACUUCUACGGCAAGCAGGGCAUUAAGUUCUACACCCAGACCAAGACAGUCACCCAGCUGUGGCGUGAGACGGAUGUGACCCACACCCAGGCAGCCGUUGCCAUGCCCACCAUGAAGUAGGCGACUCUGGAGGAGAUUUUACAGGAGAUGAUCCGGAGGAGAUGUUCCACGUAUUGAAUUUCUGGAUGCUUGCACACAGGACGUAUUUAGAAGCUAGAUACAAAGAAAUUAUUGCAUUUAUUUUUGUGCCUGUUUAUUAGAUUUAAGAAGAUGUUUAGAGACAACAAGAGAAGCUUGAAAAAACUAAAAUGUUAUCAAUAAUAAAAACUUUGAAAUUUAAA